AUGACUGAGAAUUUUCUCUCGACUCAGCACAACAGCGAAAAACAGGACCAACUGGAUCGAAGCACGAAGAAGAUGAAAACUUCAACAGAAUCACCGAUGGGUGAAGCCACGCAAACUGGGGAUAUGCGAAUGAGAGGAGAAGCGGGAUCAGAAAAGCAAACCGGGGCGCUAUCUUUCAAGCAGAUCGUGGCCAAUGAGAAAACACAGAAUGAAUCAAUGCUGGCGGAGGAACUCGAUCUGGUCUCUGAUGAUGAAGAGGAAGCGGAUGACGAUGUCGACAAGAACUGCCCAGUCAUAAGGCUCACAAGGGAAGAAAAGGUUAGAUUACGGAGCAAGUGGAAAAAGACUCAGAUCGUGAAGGUGAUGGGGAGAAGUGUUGGGUAUGGAUACCUUCUGAAGAGGUUAACGGCACUUUGGCGACCCAAAGCGCGAAUGGAAUUAGUGACAGUCGACAACGGAUAUUUCCUAGUAAAAUUUCCAUCGGUGGAUGACUAUGAGUUUGCAAAAUACGGAGGACCAUGGAUGCUGCUAGAUCACUACCUCAUUGUCAAAGAAUGGGUACCAAACUUUGAUCCGUUUACUGAUAGAACGGAGAGCAUGAUAGUUUGGAUCAGAUUCCCAUGUCUCCCAGCCGAAUAUUACGAUCAUAGUUUUCUCAUGAGAGUUGGAACUAAAGUUGGUCGUCGGAUCAACAUUGAUACGGCAACUAGUUUGGUUUCAAGGGCUAGUUUUGCACGAGUCUGCGUUGAAGUAGACAUUACCAAACCUUUGCUCGCCAAGUUCACGCUGCGGAACAGAGUCCGCCCGAUAGUGUAUGAAGGCCUCCACCUCAUCUAUUUUAAGUGUGGAACAUAUGGUCAUAAUGCAGAAAACUGUCACCUGAACCAGGAGGAUGAUACGGCCGAAAAUCCGAUCGCCGAAGGAGGAGCUCGGCCGGAGAACCACACUGGUAACGCCAACGGUCAGAAAAGUGGUGUUAAUGGAAAGAAUCCCAUAGCUAUGGAAAGCACAUUAAUUAGGUCGGAACUCGUGGAAGACUAUGGGUCAUGGAUGGGUAUAACGAUUGGGAAUCAGGGGAGUAGAGAUAACGGGAAGAAAGGGCAGCAAGAUGUGGGAAAAGGAAACAAUCCAAAUGGGUAUUACGGGUCGAGAUUUGCGAAUUUGGUUGACAUUACUAACGAUGAGUGUGACCAGAUGGACGAACAACAUACGGGCGAGCAAGCAGAGAAGGAAAACCAAGCCCAAGGUGUCAAACGAUCAAACCAGUCAAAAGGGAAAAUGCCCACGGCCCAAGUGUCUGAAAAGCAUAUCGUUGGAAACAACAUGCAUGGCAUGCAUAAGAGACAAACCGAGGUUGGAGAAUCGAGUAGCAGGCGAAACCAUAAUAGGAAACCUCAGGAGAAACGUAAUAACCAGGCGGGCGCUGCAGAGGAGCAUACUUUAGUUACGGGUGAUAAGAACGGGUCCAAGGUUGUUCAUGUUUUCAAAAUUGACGAUGGGAAUGAUCCAGAGCGAUUAGAAGAAGCAGAACUCUACCAAGAGCACUACGGAGACCCACCGGACGGUGAACAGGCUCAAGAUCAGACACCGACGUCUCUAACGGAUGCUGGAGAGUGUCCUAUAGAUCAUGAUGUUACUGCUAUGGAGCUGGAGUCUUCAUUUGGAAUUGUUAAGGGGCAGCUUCUAAGAGCUUUAUUAGAACUACCAAAUAUUGAGAUACUCAACUCUCACCCUCAGUUUGUGCAUACGGUUGUCACGGAGGUGUCUGGGAGAAUCUGGAAUUUAUCGGUGGUGUAUGGAAGUCCGGCUCUCAAUCUUCGUCGGCGGCUUUGGAGCUCUUUAAAGCGAGAUAAGGUCCAGGUUGAUCAUCCGUGGUUAAUAGCUGGUGACUUUAAUGCCAUUGCCAAUAACGACGAAUGCUCAACGCCGCUUAAUCCAGGCAGUCAUAGGAACACCGACUUUAGAAACUGGAUUUUUAAUGAAGCGUUAAUCGACCUUUGUUAUUCGGGACAAAAUAGGUAG